AUGGUUCAUUGGAUACGUUUACCGAAUGCCCUUGCACCAGAUCAAACUUAUGACAUCAAUGGAAUCUGGACUGGUAGUACAUCGAUUAUUGAUGGCGUUCCUAUUAUCAUCUAUACUGGAAUCAAUGAAACUAACGCACAAGUACAAUGUCAAGCUCGUCCCGCUAAUGUCACAGAUCCGACAUUGACACAAUGGAUUAAAUGGCCAUCGAAUCCAAUUAUCACGAGUCCCAAUGGACGUGAUCCAUCAACAGCUUUUCAAGAUGAUCCAAAUAAUUACUACUUGAUCUAUGGAUUUGGCUCGGAUGAACUAGGUGGUCAAGCGGUCUUAUUCACAUCACGUGAUUUUGUGAAUUGGACGUACUUACAUCCAAUUCACAGCAACCAUUAUGAUACUUUCUGGGAAUGUCCAGAUAUUUUCAAUGUUUCUAAUCGACUUGUAAUGAAAGCCUCAUUACGUGGACAAGAUUUUUGGGCUGUUGGUGAACUCGAUCCAAUGCAAAAAAUUUUUCAUCCUCUUGCUGGCGAUCUUGGCGAAUAUACACAACUAGUCGAUCAAGGAAAAUUUUACGCAUCAAAAUCAUUUCAUGAUCCUAUUUAUGAUCGACAAGUGAUCGUAGGUUGGAUACGUGAAGAUGAUAAUCAAGGUGAAACACGAGGUUGGCAAGGCAUGCUUUCUCUGUCACGAUCUAUCUUUCUUUCGGACGACGGAUUACAACUUCGAUCACGCCCAAUCGAUGCAUUACAAAGUCUACGCAUUGAAAAAAGUCAUCGAUCCUUUCAUAAUAUCGUUUUAUCAUCCAUAAUACCAUUCGAACUGAUUCCUGAUGUGAGUGGAAAUCAAAUUGAAGUGAUGAUGACCUGGCAAUUUCCCAGAAAUCAAGAUUUGGAUUUCGGAUUGAGCGUCCUGUCCACGUUGGACGGCAGUCAACGAACGAGUAUUGGUGUUAUAACAAGAGUCAACACAACAUUUAUGCCUAAUUGCGACUUGCCGGGAUGGGACUAUUUUAGUGUACCAGGAAUUACGAACUCGUUUGAUUGUCAAUACGCUUGCAAUCAGGAUGCGAAAUGUCGUGCAUGGACAUUUGCCGGUACUAAACAAGUGAAUAAUAAUUGUUUUCUCAAAACAGGUAUACCACAAUUGAAAGCGGACUCGACAUGUAUCUCGGGUGUAAAACAAUACCGAACUAAUCAGCAACAAUUUGUCUGGAUCUAUAUUAAUCGAACUUUAUCACAAGAAAAUCCUGGAGCAUCACAUGAUCCAGUGACUGGUGUGAUCUUGUUAGAGUCUAUGUCAUUAAGCAAUGAGUGGUUCCUCGGAUUGAAUAUUUUCAUCGAUCAUUCAGUAAUCGAAGUGUUUGAACCACAAGGUGGCCGUAUGGCUAUGACAACUCGUGUCUAUCCAGAAGAUGAUACGGCCGAAUAUUUGGCAAUUUAUGUCAAUAAUGGUCCAAUCAUGACUGAGAAUAUCAUAAUUGAUACGCUCGAUAUUUGGACUUUGAGUAGCAUCUGGACAUGA